AUGUUUCGUUGGCAGCUGAAGACUGCUUUCCUCCGCGCGAAACGCGGCCGGACGCUCCAAGACUCCAAGACUCUGCUCGUUGGCCGAGAGUCUGCCAGUUGCAACCACCGGUUCAGAGGCCACCGUUUUGAGCGCACAGUUGGAAGAUCUUUUCGGGCGACUGAAGACAGAGACGUUGAAGUAGAAGUCUGCUCUUCGCAGAGGACGAAACUGGUCUUGCGGAACUUGACGAGUCAAAUCUCGCAAUGUGCUAGGUCGACGUGUUGGCCAGAGGCUUUGAACUUGUUUGCUACGAUACCCACAAGAAGACUGGAAGCCGAUGUGAUUUGCUACAGUGCGGCCAUUAGUGCCUCUGAAAAGGGGGCGUUGUGGCAGAAUGCCUUUAUUUUACUGGAAAGAAUGAGGGAAGUUAAACUGCAGCCAGACGUUUUCAGCUACAACUCAGCAAUCAGCUCAUGUUGCGAUUGGAGAUACGCGCUCGCACUCUUGCAAACGAUGUGUGCAGAGUUGGCACAACCAGAUGUGGUGAGCUACAAUGCGAUCAUGUGUGCCCUAGGACGUGCAGGGCAAUGGCAGAAGGCGUGCGACGUCCUGGAAUACAUGAGGGAGGUGGCUGUCCAAGCGAUGGCAGGUGGCUGUCCAAGCGAUGCAGCAGAUGGUCCAAGAGAAGAUUCCACAGAAUGCCUACAGCUUUAG